UGUUGCUUCUCCUCAUCGCCCAUCUCACAUCACCAUUACUCUCGCCGCUAUGCCGCCUCGUCGAUUUAAACGGGUGCGCGACCUAUCUUCUGAGGAGAAUGAGACGUCUCCACCCCCCAAACGGCCGGGUUGGGCAGUGCGUGAGACCCCACCGAUGAAGACGCGGACCAGCCAUCGUCUUCGCGAGUCCUCCACAACCAACCUGCGCGCUACACGGUCUACAUCCACAUCUAUGGCCUUGAAUUCGCCCGAGCCGAUAAACAAGACUCCAAAGAAGGCUAUGGCGAGACGGACAGGAGGGCGGCCUAUGCCAGCACCGCCUACUGCCAGCCAGCGGUCACCGCGAUUCGACAUCAUUCCACCGAGGCAGCCCAAACUUAGACGUUUCAACCGCGAUUUCACCGACGAGCUUGAACAUGAGCCGGUAACCAAAGCGCGCGCUUCAGGGCGCGGGCGUUCGUCUCCCAUAUACGUCGAUGACGAUGAUGAUGAGAGUGACGACAUUGGCCCCUCAAGGAGAUCUCAACGUAGACGACCCAAGGCCGACGAUGGCGAUGAGCUGGAUGAUGAGCCCAAGUCAACACCUCGCACCAGAAAUCGCGCGCGACGAGCGCCCACAGACCUUGAGGACGAGGUUGAGAUCGAGGCUGUGGACAUUGAUUCCCCGAGGACAUCUCGGCGUCGACGAGCCCGAGCAAAUGACGAUGACGAGUUGGAUGAGGAGCCGGAGCCGACGCCUCGUGUCCGCACCUCAGCGCGCCGGGCCAACCAGAACGAGAGCGAGAACGGCAACAGCGAAGUCGAAGUGCUGGACGUGGUGUCUUCGAGCGCAUCGCUUGGCGCAGCCGGCCCUGGGCCGAGCACGUCGCGGAACCGUAUGAAACUCCAGCCGGUCCCGCAGCCCUCGCCCGCCGUUUUUCGCAGACUCGCUGGUAAAGCGCCGCAGACCUCUCAGGUUGAAUCUAUCGAAGAUCCAGACUCCAGCUCUAGCUCCAGUCUCGGGCCGCAGACCCAAAUGGAGCCGCCGAGCAAGAAGCGUGUGCUUCAUGAGGGCAUGGAGUUGGAGAUAUUUGAUGACGACGACGAUGAGGAAGAUCAGGGCAAGGGGAGCUCUCCUCUUCCGAAGCCUGAAGAGAAGCAUGGAACCCAGGCAACUGCAGACGGGGCUGCCGGCAGCCCAGUGGCGGUGGGCAGGCGACACUCGGUUGCAGGCUCGGCAUCCUGGUCGACACAGAGCGGGGAUGGCGCGCGGACUCUCGACUUUCUCACUGGGGAACUCGAGACUUCUCGCGCUGAGCAUGCCCAAAUGAAGUCGAUGUUGACGCGGACCAAAGCCGAGAACGCCGAGCUACGCGACAAUGUGAAGAGCACCGAGAUCCGUGGAGCUCAGGCCCUUGCCGAAGCUCGCAGCGACUUCACCAAGCAGCUCAACGAGAGGCAGGCUGAGUUCGAUGCGAAACUCAAGGCUACUAUCGACGAGCACGAGAAGCAGCUCGGGAAGGCGCAGAAGGAGCUUGAGGACUUUAAAGCAGAGCUGAACGAGCGCAUCGCGAAGUCGGUUGAGCUCGACAUGGUGGUCAAGACGACUGAGGUUGAGCUCAUGAAACGCAACACUGUGAUUGAGGGGCUUGAAGCUCAGGUCACUGAGCUCAAGGCUCGCGCCAAGAGCGACACUGACGACCUUGGGACGACAGCGAGCACAACGGUGACCGUCCCUGCAGACGCCCCCGCCGAAGAGCAAAUAGUAGAGCGAGACACUAUCAUUACCAACCUUCGCAAGGAGCUUAAACGCAGCAAGAAGGCACACAAGACGACUAAGGGAGACCUUGAGUUUAUCCGCGCUCAGUACGAGACCGCCUCCUCCAGCGCCGUGCACGAGGUGAAUCGCGCGAAAGAGCUUGAGGCUGAGGUCAAAAAGCUUCGCGAGCAGCUCACGCUGGGCCUCAAGCAGAAGGACAUGGUCAACAGGGCGGCGGUAGCCACGGCGCGCCUCGAUGCAGAGAAGGCGCGGCGGCAGGUCAAUGUCCUGCUCGAGCAGAACCGGCGGACGGACGACGCGAUACGGCGCAAGGCAGCGCAGCACCACCAUCUCCACCGAGAGAGGACGCAGUUCGAGAUGGACCUGCACAAGGAGCGCACGCGUGCACACGAGCUGUCGAAGCGCAACGAUGAGCUGGUCGCGCAGAUCGCGCAGCUGCGUGGCCGCUUGAUGGGCGCCUUCGACAAGGUCGAAGAGUCCGACGACGACGAGCCUGCCGCUUUCGCGAUGCCCACACUCGUGCCGGAUGACAACCGCGCGGCGGGCCCCGCGGCGGACCCCACGCUGGCGGAGGAGGCACAGGCGUGGCAGUGUAAGUGGCUUGUCGAUAACCGCCUGUGCGGGCUCUACUUUGACACGCGCGAGGAGCUGGACGGACACGGGCAAGGGGUGCACAUCAGUGCGCUCGAGCAGAGUUAGGCGCCCCGUCAUGCGCAGCAAUUGUGAAGUUGCGAUAAUGUAUGAGUUUGUAGCCUGUAGGAGGCCGGUGGAUGUUAGCGUCACAGUGCGUAUCCGAA